CCUGCCGCGCGACCGGAAGUGGGGUCGUCGCCGUGGCAACGCGGCUGUGUUUGGCGGCGGGAGCGGGCCGGCCCGGGCGGAGGUGCCUUGAGAAGCAAUGGCCACAGCAGCUCUUCUGAACUUAGCACCAUCUCACCGCAACGUCUCCUCAAGCACAGCAGCUGCUUUCUUGUGGGCAAGCACCAUUGACAUGCACGUCGCCAGGCCAAAAUCUGCCAAGGGACGCACGAGGCCCAGCUUCAAUUACUCUCAGAGCGUGGAAGCCUGUCCUUGCAGAGUGCCACCUUCCCUGCCACCACCUGCUCCCCAGGAAUUAGUGAAGAGCCGAAGAGCAUCGUCCACAAAACCGGUAUUCCUAUCCGGCCAGGUGUCUCCUGAGGAAAUCCCAGAGCUCCUGCAGCAAGUGCCUUUGAGGACCUCCUCUUCCCUCAACAAAUACAGGGUGCUCCCCUCCAUCGGUCGGAAGGACGUAGGGAGCGGCGCUGUGGAAGCGGUGGCUGAACAGCUCGACCGGCUGAAAGUGAGCGAGAGGCAGGAAGAUGCUCUGAAAAUCAAAACUCUUUCUGGAGAACAAGGAUCUGCCGGCGUAUUGUCACGAAACGACGUCCCUGGUGAAGAAGGCUCUUGUGCCCAGAGUUCUCCUGAGAAGCCAGGAAGGAAAACAAGACAAGAGAACCCUUUAAGUUUGGAAGAGCUGCCAAAAGCAGAGUCACACUUGCUGCUCGCUAUUCGAUCUCCCUCCGGUCAGAGAUUUGAACAUCAUUUCAAGCCCACCGACAGCCUCCAGCUGGUCCUUGCUGUGGCCGAACACAAAAUGUCAGCCAAAUACAAACGCUGCAGUGUUGAAACCAUGGAGGUGCCCCGGAGGAGUUUCACUGACCUUACGAGGUCCCUCCAGGAAUGUGGGAUUCUCCACAAGUCCGUGCUGUGCAUCCGACAGCAAGAGCAGCACGACGCUGAUCUUUAGGCGCGCGGAGACGCCGCCCUGGAUCGUUCUGCUGAGUGGGAUGCAUGACUUCUUCUGAAAAAACUGAAGUUUCCUGGGCCUGCUUCUUCAUCUUGCCAGCUUCCAAAAAUCUCCCUUGAGGCAGACUUGUGUAAAAGUGUUGAAAUAGCAUUUCAAGUGUAUAUACCUGCUACGUAAACAGCAUCUUUUUUUUCACGUGUGCCAUCACAAAUUGCUUCCUGAGCACCACCAACCUUUGGCCUUUUUGGUUUCUUGAAGUUGCCGAUGAUGUUCUUUGAUGAUUGAAGUUUCCAAGACCUCUCCCCUUGUCCUUUUCCGUAUUUCAGGAAGGUGCCACUUCCCAGAGUGGAUCCAGAUGCAGAGGCUCCCAUUUGGGAAGGUAGAAACUGAACUCUUUUACUCUGGAGGACCAUCUUCAGUAGGUUAUCACCAUCCUAAACAUCUUGAGGGUGACUGAAAAGGAGAUCACACCCCAAAACCAUCUGGAAAUGACAGUAAUAAUACAUUAAUGGAUUAUUGUGAAGUAUUAAAAUACAAGACCAAUGAUAAUACGCCUGUGAGGGCUCGGAUCUUUCUGGAUAACCUUAAUGCAGCUUUUAAGAGUGUGGCUACAUCAUCUUUUUAAGAACAAAUAGUUAUUAUUUUGGUUGUAUUGGUG